AAGUUUAUGUCAGGACUGCGUAAGGAGCUGUAGCCUUUUGUUUGCCUUCGUGCAUCAUGGUGGAAAAGAAAGUAUCAGCACGGUCUCAGGACCCCGGCCAGAGGCGCAUCUUAGACCGGGCGACCCGACAGCGGCGCCUCAACCGCCAGCUGGAGGCGCUGGAGAACGACAACUUCCAGGACGAUCCUCACGCCAACAUGCCCCAGCUGGUGAAGCGCUUGCCUCAGUUUGACGACGAUGCCGAAACAGGAAAGAAGAAGAAGAAAACACGUGGUGACCAUUUCAAGCUGCGUUUCCGCAAGAAUUUCCAGGCUUUGCUGGAGGAACAGCAGAACCUGAAUGUGAGCGACGGGCCAAACUACCUGACUGCGUGUGCUCCCCCUUCCAACCUGCCCCAGCGCCACUUCUGCACCGUCUGUGGCUUCCCGUCGAACUACACAUGUGUGUCCUGUGGGGCUCGCUACUGCUGCGUCAAAUGUCUGGGGACACACCAGGAAACUCGGUGCCUGAAGUGGACCGUUUGAAAGGCGCCCAGAAGAACUGCAGUGCCUGGGUCGCAUGUGGACGGAACGUGAGGCCUGCCUGGUGCCUUGGGAUGGGUCCGGCUGGGCUCUGGCUCCCCUGGGGCUGAAUUAUGGGUUUGCAGAGCUGGGGGAGCUCGCUUGCCUGCACCUGACUGUCACCGGAAUCUGACAAUUAAAACGUUGUGUUGCUGCUGCUGUGA